AUACUAUUAACAGUUAUUUUGAAAUACAUAUUUGUUCUCAGAUGUCUCAUGUAACUGUUAUAUCUAGUUCCCAAUUUGUCAGAGAAAAAAGAAAAGAAAAUAGUUAAAAAAAUUGAGGGGAAAAUGAGAAUUAUUAUUAUUACUUGUUUUUUGGUGAACAAUGGCCGGCGGGUUGGAGUUGGAAGACGAAGAAAUUGUGCUAGAGAACUCACCAUUGUAUCAACACUUGAGAGAAACGGGAUUUUUGGAAACAGACAUUUUCCAACUUGAAUCAUCAAAAGAGAAAUGUAGCGAGGUACCUUUAGUUGAAAAUUACCUUCCAUUUUAUUGUUGCCACAAGAGCUGUUUUAAGGAGCUACUGCUCUAUCCUCUGAACAUUUUUUCUAACCUCUACCAACAAGUAAGAAGUUCUUAUCUGGAAAGAGAGAGGAAUUAUCAAAAAGAAGUUGAAAAAAAACUACUUUCAUGUAUGUUAAGCAACGAUGUUUUAAUAGAAGAUUAUAAAGCCUUUUUAAAGAAUUUUAGUCAAGAUGAUGAAUUAACUUCUGGCUCAGAUGGUGUGUCUAGUAUCUCAACAUUUAGAUUUUACUGGUUUCUGGCACUGUUUAUCAUUUUCCUUUCAUAUAUUUGGAAAAGGUUGCACCCAACAGUUGGGGAAAAGGAACAUCUAUUUAGAUGUGGUUUGGAGCUGUUUCUAGUUAUAAUCUUUCUUGUAACCAUGACAGUUAUAUUAAAGGAGAUUUUUAAUAAAUAUUGGUCUCAGAAAGCUUUAGAAGAUGGGAAAAGAAGAAUUAACCAACUCAUCAGUAGCACAACUCAGACAAAUGAACUGCUUAAGAAAUGUAUUCUUAUAGUACAAGAAGCUGAACUCAUAGCAAGAGGAUUUACUUUGUAAUCUCUAACUA